GCAGAGGCUGCCGUCGAAGCCGUCGCCGCCAUACGAGAGGUCGAUUGAGGUGGACAACACUGAGCUUGUGGCCUUCGAUGCAGACGCCGCUGCCUCGUCGCCGCCUGUCGGAUCGCGAGCUCUGCAGCGGGGCCGUCCGCACAUCGCACUACGGUGCGCUGCUCUCCGACGUGAGCGUGGAUUUCUCCCUCUUCGACACGAGGGCUGCACCGUCACUCUGGGCGUCUCGGCCGCUCCUCGGCGCGCCACAGCGUGGCGUGAUGCGGGCGCCGUGCUCCGCAAACGACCUGCAGACUCUCCUCGCUGACUACGAGGGGCUGCACCUACAGCCGCUCGUCGCCGCGAUCCGGCCAAAGCGGCCGCUGGGCCAGCGGAGCGCGGAGGACGAGUCCAUCGCCCUGUUCCUGCUGGCCGACUACGCCAACCUCUUUCACCAGAUGGGCUCUCUGUACAUCACGGCCGCGGCGAUGCGCGACCUGCUCGGCUCCAAGCCAGACACCGCUCACUCCGUUCACGUCUUCCUGCUCAACAACGCGUCGCUCACGCCGACGGCCGUGUUUUGGUCUCCCGGCCUCUCGGCGCGCGCGCCUCGCUUUGUGGGCGAGCCCGCCGCGCGCUCGGCAGGAGUCCGCUCCUUUGGCCGCGCCCUGCUCGUGCAACCUGCCACGGAGACAUGGCUCCGGCACGGCGGGACGCCGCCGGUCGGGUCGGCGACGGAGGUGCGGCUGGUGGAGCUGGGCGCGCUGUCGUCGCGCGAGCAGCUCUCGCUCGUGCGAGGCGCUGCGGGGCUGAUCGGCGCGCACGGCGCGGCGCUGGUCCGGAGCCUCUUCCCAGACCUUUCCCGGACCUCUCCCGGACCUUUCGUGGAACGCUUCUUCAGGCGCGGCGCUGGCGCGCCCGUGCUCGAGCUGCUCAACCGCGCAAACGCAAACGCGUACUACUCCAAUCAGUGCCGCUGGCAGCGCCGCGGGUACGCGGCGUGGCAAAACAACGACCCGGCGCGCGAGGUGCAGGCGUUCGACGCCGACGGAAGGCUGCUCGACCCAUUCCGCUGGCACUUGCGCGCAGACGUGGGAGCGGUCGGGGCGCUGCUCGAGGGGCUGCUGAGCUCGCCGCGGCAUCGCGCGGGGGAAGCCGCCAGAGCGGUCGCCCGGCCGGGGAUGGUGGAAGCCUGGGGGGGCGCGCCAGCUACGGCUUUACUGGAAAGACGAAAGAAGUGAUCUGAGCCUACGUUAUAGGGCUUCGUAGAUUCGGCUUACUCUGCCGGACAGGGUAUAUCUGUCUUCGUCAGGCUA